UGUCAAUACAAAACACCGUCUGUUGAGUUCUGUCAGAGAGUGUCGACUUCAUUCACUGAGUGGGAGUCCAGGAACGUGUGUCGCGGCGGCGAUAACACAACACAGCGGCAACGGUUGCGACUUUGACAUCUUGCUUCUGGAAAAACGGUGAAAAUACACCAAAGGCUGUUCAUUAAGACACGUGUCCGCGAGGGUAUAUUCUGUCCAGCAUGGAGCAGGGCUAACAAGCGCCUUCCCCGACUAACAUCGAUUUGUAUCCACUGACGUCGUUUUGUUUCCUAUCGACGUCGUUUUGCUCCCAUGACGUCGUUCCGUUUCCACUGACGUCGUUUCGGUACAAGACAUCGAGGGGUUAUAUAAGCUCCCACAGCAUGAUGACCAUAAUAGGUACACACCACUGAACGCAACAACGCACAUUAACACAAUUGAGGCAAUGGCCAAAUACGUUGUCAGCAACGGCUCUCCUCUCGACGACGUCUCCAGCACCGGCUCCUCCUACGACGACGGUUCGGCGGAGAAUGGGGUAUGGGGAGGGGAGAGGGGCAGUGAAUCCCGUCUGUAUGUCCUGAACCGUGGGGGCACGGGGGAGGUGCAUUAUCUCCUGCUCACCCCUGACAGGAGCGACAUCUUCAUGUACAGGACCCACAUUGAAGUAUGGAAACCUCUUGUGGACAUCAUGAACUUUGGCGUGGUGGUCGUGGACAACUUUCUGUACAUAGUGGGGGGUUUCGACAAAAGUCGGGCACAGCAUCUCAACAGAGUUCUCAGAUACGACCCGGCGGAAGGAUUGUGGGUGGAGUGUGCCCCUAUGAUGAUUGCACGUGCAAAAUGUGGCGUCUGCGCACAAGGCGGAAGGAUAUAUGUGUCAGGUGGAGAGAAGAGUGACAGUCGCGUGACCGGAAGUUGUGAGGUGUACGACAUACAGACAGACACGUGGUGUAAGGCCGGAAUGCUGGUCGCUGCACGUGCUAAUCACGUGUGUGCAGUGUACAAUAAUGAGAUUUAUUGCGCAGGUGGUUACCAUGGCAACAAAACUCAAGAUAAUUUAUGGGUAUACGAGGAACACACAUGGCGAGAGCUGGACGAGCACUACCCACACACACUGCCCUGUUCACUGGACAGGUUCACAAUAGCCACGCUGGACAACACAUUCUACUUCAUCGGAGGCGUGACGUCCCGAGUAGACCGGAAGUGCCCGGACAAACCAGAUUAUUCCACCCAACGUGGCAUCUUCUCCUUCACGACCAACAUCUCCCUCAGCAAUGGCACGAUUAGAGACGACGUGAUCAGCCCCUGGGAAUUCCACCUGCCCAAUAUGAACCAUGCCCGCCACAGCCACGGCACAGCAACUAUAGGCAGGAAGUUAUAUGUAGUAGGAGGAAGUUGUCUAGAGACGGGACAGCCUGUCAACGUAUGUGAGUUUUACAACACGGAAACCGGAGAAUGGGAGGAAGACUUCCGCUUUCGGAAAGGGGACAUGUCAAAUGUAGUUUGUGCUAUUUUGGAAGUGCCAAGGAUCCCGGUCAACGAGCGGAAGAUGACCAACAGACUGAAGUGGGUGCUUUGGUAACACAGGUCAUCUCGUGACCCACUCGUGUUAUUCCGGGACAAGCCCAGGUUACGGAAAGGAGCGAGUGGUGACGAAUGACGGAUCAUCUGUAGGAUCUGUUUCAAGAAUAGAGACCAAGUCCAAUUCAAACGGUGCAUACAGUUAACACCGAUCUGUUCCAGACCACGGCUGGUACUCGACAUGGUUUAAUAUCCUAACCUCGUUGUUCCAAGAACAAACAAUUCUCACCAUUGACUAUCGCACACGUAACAGUGACUGGAGAAAUAUAAGGGACGCAACUCCAUACAGCGAAUUCUGGGUCAUUGGCGACAGGGCAAGCCAUGCCCUGGACCAGCUGUUCUUGGGGUCACACUUUGAACGUUCUUCAACCAUUGUUUUGUAUUCAGAGUUGAACAUGAGCACUUCCUAAAAUCUCCGCGUGGGCUGAUAUACUCACCCCUUUCUCCUUCCUAGGUUACAACAAGAUUUCACAUCCACUAUUGUCACCAUAAGAAUGAAACAGGAUGAAUGGACAAAUUAUUUACAUCCUGUUCUCAUAGCAGUCGAGUUGACGGACCAGAGGAUUGAUUUCUUAAAGAAUUAAUCUAGAAUCAGAAAAUUCAUUGACGCGUCACUACAGAAAUGACUUGGUUUCCUGAAAGCUGGAAACCAUUUUACGUCAAUAACGAUUCAUGAGAAGUUUCUCUUGAAUGUAUUGUGAUCUCAACAUGGUUUUGUUGUCAUAAUUAAAUCAAUUGCAUCUCUCUAUGUUUUAA